CAAUCCCCCGCGCCAGCCGGAAGUGGCCCCGAGACCGGAACAUGGCGGCCGCCUGCUGCCUUCGCUGGGGCCUGAGCCGAGCGGGAGCCUGGCUGCUCUCGCCGUCCGUGCGUUGCUCGCACCGGGCUCUGCACAAGCAGGCAGACGGCACCGAAUUCAAGAGCAUCUACAGCCUAGACAAGCUCUACCCUGAAUCUCAGGGCUCGGACAUCGCUUGGAGGAUUCCAGAUGAUGCCAAGCAAGCUGGCAACGACAUCCCUGUGGAUCGCUUGACAAUAUCCUACAGCCGGAGCAGUGGGCCCGGAGGGCAGAACGUUAACAAAGUCAACUCUAAGGCCGAAGUCAGGUUCCAUCUGGCCACUGCUGACUGGAUCGCCGAGCCGGUGCGGCACAAGAUGGCCAUCCUGCACAAAAAUAAGAUCAAUAGGUCCGGGGAAUUGAUCCUCACCUCGGAGAGCAGCCGUUAUCAGUUCCGCAAUCUGGCAGACUGCCUACAGAAAAUUCGAGACAUGAUCGCUGAGGCCAGCCAGAUGCCCAAGGAGCCGUCCCAGGAGGACGCUCGGCUGUGGAAAAUGAGGAUAGAAAACAGGAACCGGGAGAGGCUGAGACAAAAGAAGGCUCAUUCUGUACUGAAGACCAGCCGGAAGGUGGAGAUGGACUGAAACUGUGCCCGGG